AUGGAGCUGGACAGAGAAAAUUUGGCUGCAGGGAAUCCCUCGAGUUCCCCAGAAGACGCUCAACAGAUGAGGGAGAUUCGGGAACAGGUAGCGCUUUUUGGCCCGAGCCCCCCCCAAGAGGUCAUUCUCAAGGUUCUGGCUGAUGCGGAUUCGAAAGCUUGGGAGAAAUGCAAACAUCAGUUUUGUAUACUCGAAAUGCAGCGAGCGGGAGCAGUUUCUGGGAACAACCCCAGCAUCACACUGGAGCCACGAAAG